GAGGGUGGGAGAGCAAAUAGAGAGAGUCAGAGAGGGGAGGGUGUAUAGAGAAAGAGGCAGAGUAAAGAAGGACGGGAGAUCCAUCCAGUAAGGCAGAAGUUUCACCUCUACACACAGCCUGGUCGGAAGAUAGAAACCGUACUAACAGGCAGGUCCUCGUGUCUACAGUUGAGCGGGCAGCUGACAGCAUGGUGACAAGUGCUAAGGAUGGAAGGACGAGGAGCGGACAGUGGCAGCAGCAGGGAACAAUGCUGCUGCAUGCAGGUGUGCUGGUUGGCCUGUUGUGCCUGGGCCACGCCGGCGGUGCCUGGGGUGUCGCCCGUUUGCUGGACGAUGCAGAGCUCCGCUCAGCUUUCUCAGUGUCACGCACUAACAGCAUGGAAGGUGGACCGAAAAUGAUCGUGACCUUUGACACUGUUUACGUCAACAUUGGUGGUGAUUUUGAUGCCAAGGCUGGGUUGUUUCGCUGCCGCAUCCCUGGGGCCUACUACUUUUCCUUUACAGUGGGGAAGUUUCCUCACAAAGACUUGUCUGUGAUGCUGAUGAAGAACAGGAACGAGGUGCAGGCCAUUGUGUAUGAGGAGAAUGCCGGAGAGGAGAGGAAGGUGCAGAGUCAGAGCGUCAUGCUGCAGCUGGAGUUUGAUGACACCGUCUGGCUGCGUCUCCAUGGCGACCCUCGCUACGCCCUCUACAGCAACACUGGACACUACACCACCUUUAACGGUUAUCUCAUCUACCCUGACAUACAGCUACCAGACCCACCACCACCAGCACCAUCCGACGACGAUGGGAGAUCCGCCUUCUCUGUGGGCCGCACCCAAAGCAUUCUGGGAGUCGACCAGGUGGGCAUGCCGCAGCACCAAGCAAUUAGCUUUGACACAGCUUUUGUCAACAUCGGAGAGGACUUUAACAUGACGGAGGGUGUGUUCACCUGCCGCGUCCCGGGGGCGUACUACUUCUCCUUUAAUGUGGGCAAGCUGCCCCAGAAGACGCUGUCCGUGAAGCUGAUGAAGAACCAUCUGGAGGUGCAGGCAAUGAUCUAUGAUGACAGCCAGGGUGAGAAAGCCCUGCAAAGUCAGAGCCUGAUGCUGGCACUGAAACCAGGGGACAUAGUCUGGCUCUACUCCCACCAGAGAGAUGGAUUUGGAGCCUACAGCAAUCACGCCAAGUACAUCACCUUUACUGGUUUCCUGGUUUACUCAGACAUCACCUCUAGUUCCCCCACCACUGCCACCACCAGCCAGUCAUAUGCUGCCAAGAGGCCCUAACUACAGCUGGGUGGCAAAUGACUGAGCAUUCUGGGAGGGAUUUAUAUAAAGUGUCAAAGUCUACAGAGUAUCAGGAAGUAUUUGAGUCACUACUACUUCCUGGCUCCUUUUCGCUUCAUAUGAAUUCUUCUCAAUGUCCCAGGAGUUUUGGACUCAGAGCAGCACCUCAGAGCAAAUCUCUUUACUUUAUAGCUAACGGCAUUCCAGGUCAGGACACCAGCUCACUUAAAUGUGAAUAUUUCACUCUAAAAUGAAAAAUCCGCCAUCAGCCACAAACCUCUUUGUCAAUUCAGACUUCAGUCAGAGCCAAAAUGAGUUACGGCUGAAGUGUCCACACCACUAGUGUUUAGGCUGUGAUGGUAUUCAAUGAGAUUGAGCCCUGACACAAAAUGGCCUCCUAGCAUAAUUUCAAUGUGAUCAGGGGAAAGUGUUAGCAAGGAUACGGCAGCUGACAUCUGCUACGAGAAUUCCUCCUUUAUUCUCCGUUCAACCCAAUUAUAUCGCUCCAUUUUACAACAAAGAUCAUCUCAAUGCACCUUUCUAGAAAAACAGGUCCAAUUCAUUUCAGUUGUACAGAAUUCAAUUCAAUUCAAAGAUACUUUAUUGAUCCCCGAGGGGAAAUUAGAAUCCAGUAUGGUUCAAAAUCAUUGUAAAUCAACCCAGUUAAUUCCAGUGACAUCCAGUCAUAUAGUCAGGUUCAGAUCCAAUUACAUUCAGUCCAACUCCAAUAAUAAUACAAUACAAACUCAAAUCAGUCUGGCUGCAGUUUUCUGUAACUAGGACACUGAUCACUGAUAACUACCCUACAAAGCCAUCUGAUAAGCUUCAUUUUUGCUGUAUGCAUCAAAGUUUAUCAGACUUUAUCCACGAUUGGAUUGAAAUAUAACAAAUAUAAAGGAUAGUAUGAAAUAAAAACACCACUGCAAGUAAAGUUAAAUAUACCAAAGAGUUAAGCAUUAGUAACUGCCCCUUUGGUCUGUUGUUUUCUGCACAGUUUCAGCUCUAACUCGAGGUGAUGACGGUGCAUGUUUAACCUGCAUUCAGUGAAAAUAUCUGCGUGGUGGUAGAUAAGCAGGGUUUUCAUUCUCCACUGAAAAAUUCCUUGAAGUGCUGUUGGUUUCCUGUUAAAGACUUGAUGUUUCUGCUUGUAAGUAAGACGUCUCUUUAUUUGUGUUGUCAUUAACAGCAUGUAAAUUAAUGUGAACUGUGUGGGGGGUUUUUGUGUCAAAAUGAGUCUUCUUUUCCAAUAUUUGGGAGUUUGACUUUGUCUCCCACUGCGACUGAACUGAUACAGGUUUUGGACAUGUGUAGGACUCCGUAUCCAUACAACUGCUGACCACAUGCCUCCUCCGAGCCUGCAGGGAUCUGGGACUUAAUUUGAUUUCUAAUACUAGCAAUAUUUAUUUUACGUCUUCAGACACAGCCCACUGUGAGGAAAAUUGAAUUGCUUCUCCCAGGCAGCAGUGAUGUGCAUAUCUAAUUUCACAGUGCUGGGAAUGAGAUGAUACGGUUCAAACUGUCGUGAGUCCUUCCUUUGUCAAACAACCUUAUCCUCUGGAGGACUACAGGAGGCUCAACUUGAAUUUUGAAGAACAUUUAGAUGCUUUAAUUACAUUUGUUGAAAAUUUAUGAGAAGCAAAGGAUGGAAUAUCUAGGAGACACAAAGCUCUGACUAUAAUCCCAUCAGCCAC